AACAUCUUGCAUACAGACACAAAAAACGAACACAACUUUCUUUAGGUGAUCACCAACGAAAUUCACUUGAUCAACAAGUUCUUCAUAUAUUAUUCGUGCAAAUUGUAUGUUAUAUUAUAUUCACAACUCCUCAAUUAUGUAAUCUAGUGUUUAUUACAAUCUCAAUCACGCUUCCUAAUCGAUCAAGUGAAAACUUAGCUAUUGGAUCAUUUCUUAGUUUUCUAGCAGAAUUAAUGCUUUAUUUAUUUCCAGUUACAUCCUUUUAUCUAUACACACUCACAUCUCGUACAUUUCGUAAAGAAUUAAUCAAAUUUUUUUGUUUAAUACUUGGUCGAAAACAUCGAAUUACACCAGCCAUUGGAGGUACAACUGGUGGUUAUCAUCUUGAGCAUCAGAAAAAUAUAACAAGUGUAUAUGUAAAUCCAGUCAAAAUCACUUCAGUGUAA